AUGUCGUGGGUCACGGCAUUCCCCCAAUUCAUUUUCUCCUCCAAGGUGGCACUGGAGGCACUCCUCACUUCCAGGCAUGUCGCUUUCAAGGGACACGAUGGCAGGUAUGUGAGAGGCUUGACGGUCCAGAAUUUUCCGUACCAGCAGCUGUAUGCGGACGACCCCAACGCCCAGGAAACGGGGUUCGAGGUGCACACCAUGCUGGACGGACAUGUCCGCAUAAACUCCCUUCAUUUCGAUAGGUUCUGGAGACGCAGUCCCAAUUGGAUAUGGGCCGACAACAACGACACCCACGCUGACACCUUGUUUUGGCCUGUCAAAAUUGACGACAACACCAUUGCGCUUCGGAACGCAGGCAACAACAACUUCAUCGUGCCUUUGCGCAUCCACGGAAAGACAGACUGUCUGAACGCCCAAGUACCCAACAUGACCUUAGAAACGAGAUUUGAGGUGGAGGAGCUGGUUCUCAAAAGAGAGAUCUACCACGUCAGAUACCGAAUGGAGGAAUCUCGAAUCUACGACGAGGAGCCCUCCAUCGCUGGAACAGCCACCGCCGGUAAUUUUCUCGUCGGUAACACAAUUACCGGCGGCAAAACACGCCGCCGGUAA